GCAAGAUUAAAAGCAGCAUCUUUGAAAGCAGACAGCAGAUUCAGCUCCGCGGCGCUCAUUCGGCUUUAAUUUGACCCACAUCUGCCCAUGUCGAGCAUAAUGAGUAAUGUUAGCGGGCAAAAGCCAGCCACCAUAUCUGGGACUGUGUGUGUGUCUCUGCCGUGCCACUGGUGCGCCAUAAUACCGUAGCCAGAGCGGACACGACUGCAAGUGUAAUAUAUAGGCAUUUCCUGUCCCCGCGCCUUCAGUGUAAACCGCAAUAUCAUAAGACACAGCACACGGGGAUUAAGAUCCGGGAACGUUUUGACCCAAAAGAACCCACAAACCUGCGUGAGAGACCGGACUGACUCCAGGCCUGUGCGGAGCGGUCGGCUGGUGGCAUGGCCCUGUCGUUUUGCGGCAGCGACAACGGUACCAAUGCCUACAGCGUGACGGACGGCGUGCUGAACAAUGGCUGCUUCGUGGACGCGCUCAACCUGGUUCCUCAUGUCUUCCUGCUCUUCAUCACCUUCCCCAUCCUCUUCAUAGGUUGGGGUAGCCAGAGCUCCAAGGUCCAGAUCCAUCAUAACACAUGGCUUCAUUUCCCAGGCCACAACCUGAGGUGGAUCCUCACCUUCUCGCUGCUCUUUGUCCACGUCUGCGAGUUCGCAGAGGGCAUCGUUUCCAACAAUAGGAUGAUGGACACCGACCACCUCCAUCUCUUCAUGCCAGCCUUCAUGGGUUUCAUCGCAGCCACAACAUCAGUGGUUUAUUAUCACAACAUAGAGACAUCCAACUUCCCCAAACUGCUGCUUGUCCUGUUCAUCUACUGGGUGUUGGCAUUCAUCACCAAGUCCAUUAAACUGUGGAAGUUUACAGAGUACAAAGUUGGACCGCGGCACCUGAGGUUCUGCAUCACAGCCCUGUUAGUGGUCCUGUAUGGACUGCUGAUGGCCGUGGAGAUCAACGUCAUAAGAAUCAGAAAAUAUGUGCUCUUUUCCAACCCCCAAAAAGUGAAACCACCAGAGGAUUUACAGGAUUUGGGGGUUCGCUUUCUGCAGCCGUUUGUCAACCUUCUGUCUAAGGCAACAUAUUGGUGGAUGAAUCCUCUCAUCAUGGGAGCCCAUAAGAGACCCAUAGAGCUGAAGAAGAUCGGCAAGCUGCCCAUCGCCAUGAGAGCCCUCACCAACUACCUACGGCUCAAAGACGCCUAUGAGGAUCAGAGGACAGCUGAGGAGCCGGAUCGCUCGCCGUCAAUCUGGCGCUCCAUGUAUCGGGCGUUUGGUCGCCCCAUCCUGCUCAGCAGCACCUUCCGCUACCUGGCUGACCUGCUGGGCUUCGCUGGGCCGCUCUGCAUCUCUGGCAUCGUGAAGUACCUGAAUUCUGAUGGUGAUACUGUGAUGGCAGAAAAGAAAAAGGAGAUGUACUUUGAUGUGUACUUCAUGUCUUCCACUGAGCUGCUGCAGAACACGUCAGUCCUGGCUGUGCUUCUCUUCCUGGCUUUAGUCCUGCAGAGGACUUUCCUGCAGGCCUCCUACUACGUCACCAUAGAAACAGGCAUCAACCUGCGGGGAGCCCUGCUGGCAAUGAUUUACAACAAAAUCCUGCGUCUGUCCACCUCCAACAUGUCCAUGGGGGAGAUGACGCUGGGGCAGAUCAACAACCUGGUGGCUAUAGAGACCAAUCAGCUGAUGUGGUUCCUCUUCCUCUGCCCCAACCUGUGGGCCAUGCCUGUACAGAUUGUGAUGGGAGUGAUCCUGCUCUACUAUUUGUUGGGCUGGAGUGCUUUGGUUGGAGCGUCUGUCAUAGUCCUGCUGGCUCCAGUCCAGUACCUCAUAGCUACAAAGCUGGCAGACACGCAAAAAAGCUCACUAGAGCACUCUACAGAUCGUCUGAAAAAGACCUCAGAGAUCUUAAAGGGCAUAAAGCUGCUGAAGCUGUAUGCCUGGGAGAAUAUCUUCUGUGACAGUGUGGAGGAGACCAGAGGCAAAGAGCUCACCAGCCUCAAGACCUUCGCUUUCUACACGUCAAUGUCCAUUUUCAUGAAUGCUGCUAUUCCCAUCGCUGCUGUUCUUGCAACAUUUGUGAUGCAUCACUUCCUCAAUAAAACCGGUCCUAGUCCUUCUGAGGCCUUUGCAGCUCUGGCGUUGUUCCACAUCCUGGUCACUCCUCUUUUCCUGCUCUCCACUGUUGUCAGAUUUGCUGUCAAGGCUCUGGUCAGUGUCCAGAAGCUCGGCGAGUUUCUUCAGAGCGAUGAAAUUGGAGACGACAGCUGGAGAAAUGGAGACAUAUCUGUUUCCUUCGAAGCUGGAAAAAAACACCAGGGAUUGACCAAAGCCAUCAACAGGAAGCAGCCAGUGCGCUACCAGAUGGACAACUACGAGCAGCCGACCAGGCGACACAUGAGGCCCACGGAGACAGAGGAUGUGGCUGUAAAGGUGACCAAUGGGUUCUUCACCUGGGGAAGCAACCUGUCCACACUGUCAGACAUCAACAUCCGCAUCCCCACAGGUCAGCUGACAAUGAUUGUGGGCCAGGUGGGUUGUGGGAAAUCGUCCCUGCUGCUGGCCAUGCUCGGUGAGAUGCAGACCAUCGAGGGAAGAGUCUACUGGAGCAAGCUGCCUGUUUGUGAGAUGGUCCACGAAGGGAACAUAAGUUGGUCAGGGGCAGAGGAGUCUGACGAAGACAUCCAGAGUAAGAACAGGUACUCUGUGGCCUACGCUGCCCAGAAAUCCUGGCUGCUCAACGCCACAGUGGAGGAAAACAUCAUCUUUGGCAGCAGUUUCAAUAAACAGAGGUACAAGGCAGUGAUUGACGCCUGCUCUCUUCAGCCAGACAUCGACCUGCUGCCUUUUGGAGACCAAACUGAGAUUGGAGAGAGGGGCAUCAACCUGAGUGGAGGUCAGAGACAGAGGAUCUGCGUGGCCAGAGCUCUCUAUCAGAACACCAACAUUGUCUUCCUGGACGAUCCCUUCUCAGCGCUGGACAUCCACCUCAGUGAUCACCUGAUGCAGGAAGGAAUCCUCAAGUUUCUGCAGGACGAUAAACGGACUGUAGUCCUGGUCACCCACAAACUGCAGUACCUCAUACAUGCAGACUGGAUCAUAGCAAUGAAGGACGGUUCUGUCCUGAGAGAGGGAACCCUGAAGGACAUUCAGACUCAUGAUGUUGAGCUUUACGAUCACUGGAAAACCCUGAUGAACAGACAAGACCAGGAGCUGGAGAAGGACAUACAGCAGGACAGCCAAACAACCCUAGAGAGGAAAACACUGAGGAGGGCUUUUUACUCCAGAGAGGCCAAGAACCAGAUAGAUGAUGAGGACGAAGAGGAAGAAGAGGAGGAGGAAGAUGAUGACAACAUGUCCACGACCACGAACAGAGGAUCAAAGAUCCCGUGGAGGGUGUGCUGGUGUUACCUGUCGUCUGGUGGGUUCUUCAUGGUCUUCCUGAUGGUGUCCUCCAAACUUCUCAAACACUCGGUCAUUGUUGCCAUUGACUACUGGUUGGCUAUCUGGACUUCUUCCAAAACCAAUCAGAGUGCUGGAGCAGGUGGAGUUGGCGCUAAUUGGACCAGCCUGGCUUACGGCGCCAACACCACACUGGCCACGCCUGCUCCUGGACAGCCUGAGGACGACUCCUACUAUCUGCCGGUGUUCAUCAUCCUGUGUGCAGCUGGAAUCACGUUGUGCCUCAUCACCUCCCUCACUGUGGAGUUUCUGGGUCUUUCUGCAGCCACCAACCUGCACCACAACCUCCUCAACAAGAUCAUCCACGCCCCCAUCAGGUUCUUUGACAUCACCCCCCUGGGGCAGAUCCUCAACAGAUUCUCAGCUGAUACCAACAUCAUAGACCAGCAUAUUCCUCCAACACUGGAGUCUUUGACAAGGUCCACGUUGCUCUGUUUGUCAGCCAUCGGGGUCAUUUCCUCCAUCACUCCGGCUUUUCUCAUCGCCUUGAUCCCCCUGGGGGUGGCCUUCUACUUCAUACAGAAGUACUUCCGGGUGGCCUCCAAGGACCUUCAGGACCUCGAUGACUCCACACAGCUUCCUCUGCUCUGCCACUUCUCUGAGACAGCCGAAGGGCUCACCACCAUCAGGGCAUUCAGGCACGAGGCUCGUUUUAAACAGCGAAUGUUGGAGCUGACAGACACCAAUAACACAGCCUACCUGUUUCUGUCUGCAGCCAACCGCUGGCUGGAGGUCCGAACGGACUACCUCGGAGCAGUGAUAGUGCUGACAGCAGCCGGAGCCUCCAUAUGGAGUUUACAUUAUGGUCUGCCCUCUGGAGGCCUGGUAGGCCUCGGACUCACAUACGCCCUCACUGUCACCAACUACCUGAACUGGGUUGUGAGGAACCUGGCAGACCUGGAGGUCCAGAUGGCAGCUGUGAAGAAAGUCAACAGCUUCCUCAGCACAGAGUCAGAGAACUACGAAGGCUCUAUGGACACCUCUCAGGUACCUGAGAACUGGCCCCACAACGGUGAGAUAAAGAUCCAGGACCUGUGUGUGCGCUACGAUCCCAUGCUGAAGCCGGUGCUCAAACACGUCAACGCGUACGUCGAACCAGGACAGAAGGUGGGAAUCUGUGGUCGCACGGGCAGCGGGAAGUCUUCUCUGUCCCUGGCCUUUUUCAACAUGGUGGAUAUUUUUGAAGGGGAGAUCAUCAUCGACGGGAUCGACAUCUGCAAGCUUCCUCUGCAGACGCUCAGGUCGCGACUCUCCAUCAUCCUCCAGGAUCCCGUGUUGUUUAGUGGAUCGAUAAGGUUUAAUCUGGAUCCAGAGAGGACGUGCACUGACGAUCGACUGUGGGAGGCGCUAGAGAUCGCUCAGCUGAAGAACAUGGUGAAAGCGCUGCCUGGGGGACUGGAUGCGGUUGUGACAGAAGGUGGGGAGAACUUCAGCGUCGGUCAGAGGCAGCUCUUCUGUUUGGCCCGAGCUUUCGUGAGGAAGAGCAGCAUCCUCAUCAUGGACGAAGCCACGGCGUCUAUAGACAUGGCCACGGAGAACAUCUUACAGAAAGUUGUAAUGACUGCGUUUGCGGACAGAACAGUCGUUACGAUCGCACACCGUGUCCACACCAUCCUAACGGCCGACCUGGUCAUCGUGAUGAAGCGAGGGAACAUUUUGGAGUACGACAAGCCGGAGACUCUUUUGGAGCAGGAGGACGGGAUGUUCGCGUCCUUCGUCAAGGCUGACAUGUAGACCCUCGGUCAAGUCAGCGCGGCCCGCAACUGGCAGAGCGAUCGGUCGGUUGAUCUUUGCUUGUGUCCAGCUGACCUCCCAGGCACUACAACACUCCAGUGAAGCCAUAAGACGCACCAGAAGCUUCUGUGUGAAUUCAGUUGGAAGCCAGAAGUCAAUCUCCAGUCGAUAUAUUUGAAAAGUUGUACCUGAGUCAUUCAGUCAUCCAAUUAAAUACUUUUUUUUUAAAGAAACGAUAUGCAGAAAUAAUUCAGACAAGAGUGUUUCUCAAUAUGUUACACAUGGCAGAAAUUAAGCAACCAGUAUUACAAAGUUAGAAUAGAAUAGACAUAUGAGAGGGAAAACAUACUUCAUUGUUGUUAAUGGGUAGAUCUUCAUUUAUCAGAGAUAGCUUGAGCUAACUGCGGCUCGUACAAGAAGGACAAAUACAUCUUUCUUAUGUUCAGUUUUCCCACACUCCACCUACAAGAGUUGGCUCGCUCGCUGCGUGGCAGGCAGCGAUGGUAGACUGGUAUUAUUCUGUAUUUUUCUUAUUGUCAGCAAAUCUCACGUCGGCAUCAAACCCAACAUCGUGUUAGUCCAUCUCUCGACCAUCUCUGACUUCCUGUCUGUGACUCUCAACCCCAAGCCCAUUGGCUCCCACCAAAGAUGUAAAUCUUUAACAAGAAGGCACAAAAAAUAAAGUUUUUAUGAAACAAAUGGCAGGAAUUAGUGCAUUUGUUGGGGACUAUUUUCAGCGGCGCAGUAAUCUACCUUUGUGGCAGCAGGACGAUGUGAGUGGAACUGAUCUGCUGACAGUAAGAAAAAUAUCUUGUCUUAUCAUCAGACAUAUGAUUUAAGCUCGGCGUCGUUAACCAUAUCAUGUGAUGACCAAUCACAGGACUCUUCAGUGAUUGUGUGAUUGAGCUUUGACACUUUUCACCAUGUUUGGAUUUUUAUACCACAGAGCUUUUUAUUGGAUAGUUUCAGACUGAGCUGAACUUUCAUGUCCUGUGAGGAUCACUUUAAAUUGAUUGAACUUCAAAAGUCUUUAAUUACCUUGUUGAAAAUAUUUGUUGAAUUUAUCUUAAACUUGUGCACAACACGUAUCAUAUAACAUAUUUUAUUGUUCUGUAGCACUUGUGUUAUGCAAUAAUAAGGAAGGGAGAAACUUUUAUAUUUUAAAUAAGUGAAUGUUGGCUUUGGCCAGUGUUUGUGUAAUGUUGUUAAUGUUGAGCUGGGCCAUAGAGGUAACACUGACAGAACCGACUGCUGCUGCUGCUGCUGCUGCUGCUGCCGUGUUUAUGGCACAGCAGCAGACAUGUUGGAUCGGAGAACGAAGGGAGCAUCACAAGUGUGUGUGUGGCCAGUCAGCAAACAGCUUUGGUGUUAAAGAAAAAGAAAGACGAAAGGUGGAAACAUGCUAGAAAAAGAGGUACGACCCAGAAGAGAGGUAGAGAGAGAUCUAACUGUUUUGCUUCUGCUCACGUUCAACAUGAAUCAGGUCAGACUUGCUGAAACUGGGAUCCCAAAACACGAGCACAUGCGUUAUUCAACUGGAAGUUGCACUUGGCCCUGAGUCCAGUCCAGGGUGACCCCCCCUCCUCCACGACCCUGAUGGAUAAGCAGGAUAGAAAAUGGAUGGAUGGAAGUUGCACUUGCUGAAAGUUUGUGAGCAAACCAAGAACGAAGCCAUUCAAAUCUGCAGAAGUUGGGUGUUUUAAUUCUGGUGUGCUGCCACCUGCACUCUGUUCUGUCAGUUGUAUUUCUACGCCUACACUAGUACGAACACUGUAGGGUUUCACGGCUCGGGCUGAAGCCGGUGGACCCGCUGUCUGUCUGCAGUCAUGCUUUGCUGAACUUAUUAUCCUCGGGGACAACAGACAACCUAACGUGAGAUACUUAAAGCUGCGUUAAUCAACAUUUUUUUAACCUGACUGCUAAAUGGCUACAUGUAAUACAGAAUUAUCACCAACUCUGCAUUUUGUUUUGGGCCCUGUGUUUGGUUUUCAAGCAGACCAGCAUUAACAACCAGCUAGUGAAGGAACUGGAGCCAACCGCUGGCGUGCUAAGCUUAGCACAGAGACUGGAAACAGUUAGUCUGGCUCAGUCCAGAGGUAACUAAAUCCACCUCCCAUCUGCUGUGCACUCAGAGAUCAACAGCUUCUGCCUGUUUUGUUUAACCUGUAAGUGUUAAA